UCGUUCAAAAGAAGAACAGAAUUCUAGUGAAGUGGACGCGAAGCAAGGAAGCUCUCUCUUUGUUAAACUCCCUAACAAAAAUGGCACCUAGCUACUUGUACCCACCCUCACUCUAAACUCCAAAUUAUAAAAGAACAUUCUUGUUGCCUUCUUCUUGUCUCACUGCCACAUCGUUUCUAACCUUCCCAAGAACAUGGAGAUCAGUCAUGAAGAGGGAGCUGUAAUCAUCAAGAAGGCAGAAAUCGAUACUCAAGCUCCAUUCCGAUCGGUUAAAGAGGCUGUUACAUUGUUUGGAGAGAAAGUUUUGGCUGGGGAGCUCUCUGCCAACAAGUUCAAAGAGAUGCACAUUGGAGCAAAUGUAAAUGGGCACGGUGUUUCCAAGCUUGGAACUGUGACAGCUGAGCUAGAAGAGACAAAACAAAGCCUUGAAAAAGCUAAAGAGGAAAGUAUGAUGAUGGCAACUUGCCUUUCUUCUCUUCAAGAAGAACUUGAAAGAACGAAGAGAGAGCUCCAACAAUUAAAGCUACGUGAAACAGAAAUGGAGUCUGAAAUUGAAGAUGUCAAGGUUGUUCAAGACUCGACAAAAUGUGAAGUCAAAAUCCAAUCUAAAGAAGAAGAAGAAGAAGGGGAGAUUGAAUUUCAGAAGAAACGAUAUGUAACUUUUGCAAAUCCUCCCUCACAAGCACAAGUUAUGAUUCCAGGUCUUGAAGCGCUUGAGAGACACCCUUCUCUUAGAAAGAAGAAGAAGAAGCCAUUGAUCCCUCUAAUAGGAGGAAUUUUUUCCAAGAGAAAAGGAAGUCAAAACUUCACUUCCUCGUGAAUUCCAAAAUAAGUUUACUAAUUCGAAACUUACAAAACAUCUUUCAAGCUCCAACAAUAAUAAUCCAUGAAUUACCCACUCCCAAAAUUUUCCUAGUCUUUGUUUUUUUUUUUUUUUUCUUUUGAGUUGAUUGUAUUAUUCUGCAUACAGUUAUUAUGGCAUAUACAUUGAGGUAAUAUUACAUUUGGGAGUAUGAUGUAACGUGAGGAAACCGAGUAAUAAGAUUUUAUUAUUAUUAUUAUUA